UUUUGAGAGUCGGAUGGAAAACCAUUAACCAGAUGCAGCAAGACAUGCCCCGGAAGGAUUUCCAGAAUCCCCACUUCCCUCGCCUGCUUCCUCUUCAAAGGCUGAUUCGUUCUCAUCUUACUUUCCCGAGAAAGUGACGCCUUUUGGUGCUUUAGCAUUCUGCAGACUCCAAUGCAAUUAUCCAACAGUCGCCUGCACAGAUGAACAGUGAAAAUGGUGCACUUUCUUGAAUGAUUCUGCAACAUAUAUAUAUAUAUAUAUAUAGAGAGAGAGAGAGAGAGAGAUUAAUAUGGACUAUAGAGUGCCAGAAAACCUGAGAAGACACCUUGCUUAUGCUGUGAGAAGCAUUCAGUGGAGCUAUGCAAUUUUCUGGGCCAUUUCAUCCAGGCAUCAAGGGAUGUUGAAAUGGGGGGAAGGGUAUUACAAUGGGGAUAUCAAGACAAGGAAAACAGUUCAAGCCAUGGAAGUGAAUGAAGAUCAGCUGGGGCUGGAGAGGAGUGAGCAGCUGAGAGAGCUGUAUGAGUCACUGUCAGCAGGUGAAAGCAGCAGUAGCCCCCAAUCCAGAAGGCCAUCCGCUGCAUUGUCCCCUGAAGAUCUCACCAACACUGAGUGGUUCUACUUGGUUUGCAUGUCAUUCUUCUUCAACAUUGGCCAAGGUUUGCCAGGAAGAACACUAGCAAAUGGCCAGCCCAUCUGGCUGUGCAAUGCUCAUUAUGCAGACAGCAGAGUGUUCAGUCGAUCUCUUCUCGCAAAGAGUGCAUCUGUUCAGACCGUGGCAUGCUUCCCUUUUUCGGGCGGCGUCAUUGAGAUCGGGGUGACAGAGCUGGUUCCUGAAGAUCUGGGCUUGAUUCAGCACAUCAGAACUUCAUUUCUGGGCAUCCCAUGCCCAGUUCCCCAGAUUUCUACCUAUUCCAAGCCUAACCAGGAGAUUCUUCACACCAAUUUUGAUGCCAUUGUUGAGUGUGAAGAUGUGAAAGUCUGUUCACCUCAUAGCAGCUCUAACCGGCUUGGGCUCACUCAGCAGGCCGAGGAGUUGCUCAUGGCGGAUGACCUAAACGAGGGAGCCUCUCAGGUUCAAAGCUGGCAACUCAUGGACGACGAAGUCAGCUACUGCGACCACAAUUCAAUGAGUUCCAUCGACUGCAUAUCUCAAACCUGGGUGAACUGUGAAAAGGUCAGAGAGAAAGAAAAUGAAAACGAUGGGUUUCUACUGGACAUACAAGAAGACAACCAGAUGAAACUCACUUCAAUGGAUCUUCAAGCAGAUGAUAUCCAUUACCAUACAGUUGUUUCAACUCUGCUGAAGAGCUCCCACCAGUUGAUUUUGGGGCCAAAUUUUCGUAAACUUCACCACAAAUCCAGCUUUGUAAGAUGGAAGAAAGGAGGUUUUGAGGGUACUCAGCUGCCUCAAAGUGGAGCUGCUUCACAGAGACUAUUGAAGAAAGUGCUAUUUGAAGUUGCCCGGAUGCCAGGCGGUUGUUGGGUUGAAUCUAGAGAAGAUUAUGGAGGAAGCGACGGACUCUGGCGACCACAGGUCGACAGCGUCGAAUCGACCCAUGCGCUGGCCGAGAGGAGGCGACGAGGAAAACUGAAUGAAAAGUUUGUGGUUCUUGGAUCGUUGGUCCCUUCUACUAGCAAGGCUGACAAAGCGUCCAUAUUAGAUAAUGCAAUAGAAUAUGUAAAAGAGCUCAAGAGAAAGGUUGAAGAAUUAAACUCUUUCAGGGAGCCUGCAAAUCAAGAAGCAAGAACAAAAAGGAAGCCUCAAGAUAUCACAGAAAGAACAUCCGAUAACUAUGGCGACAACAGCAAGAGGUUCCUCACAAACAAGCACAAAGCUACCAACUGCAUUGUAGUGGAAGAUGAAGAUAAUUCAACAGAUAAUGUAACUGUCAGUAUGGCCGAGAAGGGAGUUUUGAUCGAGAUUAGAUGCCCCUGGAGGGAGUGGCUGCUGCUUGAGAUUAUGAACGCGAUCAGCCGGCUUCAUCUAGAUCCCAGCUCGGUUCAAUCGACCAACAUUGAUGGGAUUCUCUCCUUGACCAUCAAAUCCAAGUUCAAGGGAUCUGCAGUCGGAUCGUUGAGAAUUAUCAGGCAAGCACUUCAGAGAGCAGUUGACAAGUGUUGAAGAGUGUGGCAGUAAUAACAGAAAUCCGGCGGCAUUCUAGUUCUUAGCUAUAAUUGUAACAAAUUUGUGUAUUUUGUAACAUUUACAAUUAGAUUUCUCACUGUCAAAAAACAAGUUCCUGUGGAUGUUGCUUCCAAGUAUAACAGUUGAAUAAAGGGAAGCAAUAUCCCCAUCUUAACUUGUAAUGUUUUUCAGGAUUAUUGUGUCCUCUUUUACAUCA